AUGUUAAUUGCCAUCAAUGAAGACAACUCAUUACCAAAUCUAAAACGUACGUCUUUCCAAUUAAUAUUAAAAGAUUUACAAUUUGAGUAUGUCAAGAAAAAUCGCAACAGUGCUCUUCUCGAAAGAGAAGAUUUAAUAUCUUGGCGCCGAAAUUAUUUGUUAAAAAUAAAGCAUUACCGAGCACAGAACAGGCCAAUAUAUUACUUAGACGAGACGUGGGUCAAUGCAGGCGAGACGCAUUGCAGAACGUGGGUUGAUACAACAGUCGCAUCAACACGAGAUGCCCACCUGAGAGGUCUCACCACAGGACAAAAGGCACCCCCGGCAAAGUUUGUUAAGACCCUGCCAUUACUUAAACCGAACGCCAUCAUCGUCAUGGAUAAUGCUUCAUACCAUUCCGUAAAAAAACAGAAAAUACCAGUGAGGUCUUGGAGAAAACAAGCUAUAAUUGAUUGGCUUGAGAAUAAAGUGUACAAAAUAAAAAAAUAUCACGACACAUACGUAAUCGAUGAGUACGCAAAAGAUAACGGCAAACUUGUAUUGCGAUUACCUCCAUAUCACUGCGAGCUAAAUCCCAUCGCGUGGUCGUCCGUGAAAAGUUAUGUCCGGACGCAUAACACCACCUUCAAAUUAAAGGACGUAAUGGAAUUGUUAAAAAAAGCCGUGGAACACGUAAGUCCGGAUAUGUGGAAAAAUUUUAUUGAACAUGUUAAAAAGGUGGAAGACAAGUUUUGGGACUUGGAACAUAUUACCGACGAAAUAACGGACGAGAAAGAAUAUGACGAUGAACGUCAUGUUCUCACGAUAGGAACAGGAGAUACAAGUUCUUCUGAUUGUGACUCUGAUUGA